CAGGUCGACAUGGAUUGGCGCCUGUUGGUUUGUUUGAUUUUUCUGGCGCAUUUGAGAGUUUUGAGAGGACAAAUCUCGGAGUGCAGUCAUGACCAGUGGCAGUGUGACGAUGGCGGGUGUAUUCCUGCUGUGUGGAGAUGUGAUGGAGAUGGAGAUUGUCUGGAUGGAUCAGAUGAAGUGGACUGCACUGGACUCCGAGGCUCUGAUUGUCCGCCAGGUCAGUUUGCUUGUGUGGACUCUGUUGGCUGUGUUAAAGCGUCGGCCCGCUGCGAUGGACAAAAGCAGUGUCCCACUGGCUCCGAUGAGGAGAACUGUCCAGUCACAGAGGGCUGCCUGGACUCUGACUGGACAUGUCAAAAUCACAUCUGCAUCCCUAAAGAGCUGAGGUGCAAUGGAAUAGAUGACUGCAUGGACAACUCUGAUGAAAAGGACUGUGAUUUGUGCAGUGAGGGCAGCAUACGGUGUCCUGAGGGGACAUGUCUAUCUGCUGACGAGCAGUGCGAUGGCAUGUUUCACUGUUCUGAUGAAAGCGAUGAGCCCAUAACCUGCGGGCGUGCCUGCGUUAUGGACAAUGGUGGAUGUAGCCAUGUGUGCACUGACGAACCCAGGGGAGUUCUGUGUUCUUGUCCUGCUGGAUAUAAGCUGUCUCCUAAUGGAACAGACUGUGAAGAUUUGGAUGAAUGUGCUCCACCUUUCGACCCCUGUGCUCAUCACUGCAGUAACACCAUCGGUUCUUACUAUUGCUACUGCAGAGCGGGAUUCAAACUAAAUGAAAACUCAACAUGUGUGGCUUCAGCUAAUCCUGUCCGAUUGCUGCUGGUUGGGGGGACAGCUUUAGGAUUAUUGAAUGUGAAAUCUCAACAGUUUGAAAUUAUUCAGAGUUCAACAUUUGACUCUGUGGCCUUGGCGUUUGAUGUUGCGCGGGGGUGGUACUACUGGGCUGACAGCCGUGGCAACAUUUACAAAAGUGAUGGACAGCAAAGCUGGACAGCCUAUACUGGAGAGCCUGGUAUCAAAGGCUUAGCUUGUGACUGGCUCAGUGGGAAUCUGUUCUGGACCAACAAGAAGACUGAGUCAAUCUACCUGCAGAGUUCUGAUGGAAAAAGUUACACUGCUCUGCUCAGCAAAAACAUCAGGCCCUCAGAGCUGGUCGUUAUGCCUGUAGAAAGCUUGAUGUUCUGGAUCAAUACAGGUCCAGGUGACAGAGCAACAAUAGAAAAGUCUUGGAUGGAUGCCUCAGAAAGAAGCUCUCUGGCAGUCAUCACUGCUCAGUCUGCCCACAGCCUCACUGCUGAUGUAGCUGCCAGACGGCUGUACUGGAUCAGUGAUUUUAAGAGGUCCAUAGAGACUGUGAAGGUGGAUGGGAGUGGCCGUUACUCCUACACAGGACUGUUCAGCAGGAGAGCACCGCAGAGCCUUGCUGUGUUUGAAAGUUCGUUUUAUUGGGUUGAUAACAAAGGACUCUGGCAGGCUCCACAGACUCAACUGAGCCAGAGAAAAUUUAUAUGGGAACCCACACUGCCAGUAUUAGCGGUUUACCAUGAGCUACAACAGCCUCAAGGUUAUUCUGCAUGUGUAAAAACACCCUGUCACCUCUGCCAGCUAACUAAAAGCAACCCUCUUGGAUUCACCUGCUCUUGUCCAAACCUCAAAUUGCUGUUGCUGGAUGAGACAUGUGAAAAUCCACGGUUUCUCUAUGCUACAAAUACGGAAAUCAUCUUGUUGGAGUUGGAAGAUAAAGGGUUCAUUGAAAGCCAGCUUUUCACCACCAAUGAGGGGAUCCUCUCUUUUGAGAUUGACUGGGACAGAGACUGGCUUUACUGGGCAAACCAAACUGGCCACAUUCAACGCAUCAGUUUAACAGCGGCCACCGCUGAGCUGGUCCCAACACCUUUGCCAGUUUGUCUGAUAAAUAUGGACCAGAGGAGCGGAAGCCUUUAUUGGGUGUCAUGUCAUCGAAACACCAUCGGAACAAUCACAGCUGACAGCUACCACCCAAAGCAGCUUUACUACACGACAAAGGAGAUUAAAAACUUGUAUCUGGACUGGCUGCGGGGUACCAUCAUCUGGCUAGAAGAAGAUCGAAUUCUCAGCAUGAGCAUGUUGGGAGGUGACGCUAAAGAGCUGCUGCACAUAGCUGGAGGAGUGAGUGGGGGCAUCGCUUUUGACCUCAGGGCUAAUAGCCUGCUGUGGAACUCAAAAAUGGCAGGCUUAACAACAUUAAGUUUGCUGCGAGAGAGAAGCCACCAAGCUGGAAGAAGAUGGAAGAUUUCGGGCUCAGUUGUAGCUGCCCUCGAGCCUUUUCUCUUGUCAGUUUCAGACAACGUAAUGACUCUGUGGGAUCAGCGUGAUGGGAGCCCCAUUCAAGAUGCAGCUGUGACGGGUCAUGUGAUCAGAGUAAUCACUGCUCCCAUAGAUAUUCAGACAGUUCAGACCUGCAGGAAACCAUCGUUUUUGUGCAGACACUCAUCAGUCUGCCUCUCAGAAGCUCAGCUGUGUGACGGGAAAAAGGACUGCCCGGAAGGAGAUGACGAGUUUUGUCCUGGGGCUUGUCUGUCUAUAGAGGAGUUCGAAUGCCAGGACCGGAGCAGUUGCCUUUCCAGACGUCUUAUGUGUGAUGGUCAGUCUGAUUGUACCGAUGGCUCGGAUGAGGCUGAUUGUCCAACUGCAGCUCCUCGUACAAGUCGGUCAAAUGUGAUGAAAUGUCGCAUAGGCUCAAAGCCAUGUGAAGAUGGCAAAGACUGUGUUUUAUAUAGUCACGUGUGUGAUGGAGAGGACGACUGUGCGGAUGGAUCAGAUGAACUGGGCUGCGAUGCCCUGCAACAGAACAUGACUACCACAAGAACUAAUAUGGACCAAUCAAACAAAACUCCAGGUCCUACCACUCUUUCUCCUCGAGCUCUCCUGGCCUGCACCAGUCCCUCUGUCCUCUGUCCUUCUUCUGCUUACCUCUGCAUAUCUCCAGACCAGUUCUGCAAUGGACAUAGUGACUGCCCUGACGGCUUUGAUGAAAAGAACUGCGUAAAAAGUUGCCCCUCAAAAAAUGACUUUCUUUGCAAAGAUCAUCGCGGCUGCGUAUCUAAAAGCCUGGUUUGUGACGGUGAAUUUCAUUGCUACGACGGCUCUGAUGAGGUCGACUGUUCGAGUGCAGCCACGGCUGCUCCUGGGAGAAACAUUCUGAAAUGCCGUUUGGGGUUCACAGUCUGCAAAGAUGGGAAUCAGUGUGUCCUCAAUAUCAGCGUCUGUGAUGGAGAGAAAGACUGUCAAGAUGGAUCAGAUGAAGAACGAUGCAAUGUUGCAGAGAGAGAUUCUACAAUGCAAAUAGAGAGACAGCCCUCAAAUGAUUCUCCUGUACUCCUCACACCGUCCAUUAAACCUCACUACAGGCUACCUUGCAGCAGUCCUUCAAUUCUGUGUCCAGAUUCCUCUUUGUGCAUUAAACCAGCACAGAUAUGUGAUGGAAGAAAAGACUGCCAUGAUGGAUCUGAUGAGAACUGUGUGAAAGGGUGUCCUUUUGAGGACUUUCUCUGCAAGGACCGAAGGAGCUGUGUCUCCAAGAGUCUGGUCUGUGAUGGACUGUUUCAGUGCCAGGAUGGAUCAGAUGAACUGAACUGUCCGACUGUGACCGCUCCUGCAGCUCAAAAUGUGCUGCAGUGCCACAGGAACGCAAAGAUGUGUAGUGAUGGCACAGAGUGUGUUUUACUCAGCCACGUAUGUGAUGGAGAGAAAGACUGCAUGGAUGGAUCUGAUGAAGAAGGAUGUCCAGGAAUUUGCAAAAAAGGUGAGUUUCAGUGUGCCCAUGGGAAAAUGUGCAUCCCUGAGGUUCAGGUGUGUGAUGGGAGGUUCCAGUGUCAGGACCAUUCAGAUGAAGCUGACUGCCAGAAACCAAUCAAGAGCUGUGAGCAUCGUUGUGCUGACGGGAAGCGCUGCAUCCCAAAGAAGUUCCUGUGUGAUGGAGAAAAAGACUGUGUGGAUGGCUCAGAUGAAGUGGGCUGCAAUCAGGCUGCUGCUCCAUCAUCAGAGUCUCCUGUCUUCACUGCAUCACCUUGCGUUGCUCCUUCAGUUCUCUGCCCUGGAUCAUCACUGUGCAUCUCUCAAAAUCAGCUGUGUGAUGGACAAAGAGACUGCCCUGAUGGAUCUGAUGAAAAUGACUGUGCGGUCCAUUGUGUAAACCCAACUGACUUUCUCUGCAAAGAUCAUAUGGGCUGUGUCUCCAAGAGUCUGGUCUGUGAUGGACGCCGUCAUUGCCAGGAUGGAUCGGAUGAACUGAACUGUCCGACUGUGACCGCUCCUGCAGCUCAAGAUGAUGUGCUGCAGUGCCAUAGAAAUGCAAAGAUGUGUAGUGAUGGCACAGAGUGUGUUUUACUCAGCCACGUAUGUGACGGAGAGAAAGACUGCAUGGAUGGAUCUGAUGAAGAAGGAUGUCCAGGAAUUUGCAAAAAAGGUGAGUUUCAGUGUGCCCAUGGGAAAAUGUGCAUCCCUGAGGCUCAGGUGUGUGAUGGGAGGUUCCAGUGUCAGGACCAUUCAGAUGAAGCUGACUGCCAGAAACCAAUCAAGAGCUGUGAGCAUCGUUGUGCUGACGGGAAGCGCUGCAUCCCAAAGAAGUUCCUGUGUGAUGGAGAAAAAGACUGUGUGGAUGGCUCAGAUGAAGUGGGCUGCAACUACAACACUGCAACAACCAAGGCUCCUGCUUUUCCUUUUGCUUCACCGUGCACUCCUCCUUCAGUUCUCUGCCCUCGAUCGUCACUGUGCAUUGCUAAACAUCAGCUGUGUGAUGGACAAAGAGACUGCCCUGAUGGAUCUGAUGAAAACGGCUGUAUGGUUCAUUGCGAAAACUCAAAUGACUUCUUGUGCAGUGACCACAAACAGUGUAUCCCUGAAAUGCAAGUGUGCGACGGCCAAGCCCAGUGUCCCGACGGCUCUGACGAGAAGCACUGUCAGUCACCAAAUCCCACUGCCACCUCCUCUGAUGAGCUCAGCACCAGAUCGACUCCUCUGAAGUGCCGCAAUGGUUUUAAGCUGUGCGACGACGGCCUGGAGUGCGUCAUGUACAGCCACUUAUGUGAUGGAGAAAAGGACUGCAAGGACGGGUCAGAUGAAGAGGGAUGUGCUAUUCAGUGUAAAGCAGGUGAGUUCCAGUGUUCCCAUGGGAAAAAAUGCCUCCCACAAGAGCGAGUGUGUGACGGGCAAAAUGACUGUCUGGACCGAUCUGAUGAAACUGACUGCUCAGUUAUGAUUGAGGGCUGCCAUCAGCGCUGUGAUAAUAAUACUCGCUGCAUACCAAAGAGCUUCCUGUGUGAUGGAGAGAGAGAUUGUGCUGAUGGGUCAGAUGAGGAAAACUGUGGUUUGGUGUCCUGUGCGGAUCAUCAGUAUCGAUGCGUUAGCGGUCAGUGCGUGUCUGAGGCACUGAGAUGUGACGGAUAUGCCGACUGCAGUGACGGCUCUGAUGAGCUGCACUGCUCGAGGCCCCCACGCUGCCUCACACAACUCCGAUGCCCACACACUCAUGAGUGUUUGCAGAAAGAGUGGCUCUGCGAUGGCGAGGACGACUGCCAGGAUGGUUCAGACGAGAAGAACUGCAAUGCUCCUCCAGCAAAGUGCUUAAAGUUCCAGUGGCAGUGUGGAGACAGCAUUCAGUGCGUUCCUCUGUCAUGGAGGUGUGAUGGGAGGAAGGACUGUUACAAUGGCAUCGACGAGGAAAAAUGUAGCCAGAAAAUAUGCCCUUCUCAUCUUUACCAGUGUGGCAGUGGAGAGUGUGUGGACACUAACCUGGUGUGUAAUGGCGUCACUAACUGUGCUGAUGGGUCAGAUGAGGGUGUGAAUUGUGUGCAGCACAGCUGCUCCAGUCCAUCGGCUCCCUUAUGCGACCACAGCUGUGUCAGCACACCGUAUGGUCCGAAGUGCUACUGUGCUGCGGGUUUCAGACUGAUGUCCAGAGCCACACACUGUGUGGACAUCGAUGAGUGUACAACAACACCUCAUGCCGUAUGCAACCACAUUUGUCGGAACACCCGUGGAUCCUACAGCUGUCAUUGCCACCCUGGCUUCUACCUGGAACCUGAUAACAAAAGCUGCAAGACGAAAGAUGAGCCCUUGCUUCUGGCAUCAGUGCAGUCAGACUUGUUCCUGCUGGGAGUCCAUAGUGGCACGCUGCAUCUCCUCACCUCUACCAGUCGACCCGCCUUCUCACUGGAUUAUCACUGGGUUCAACAAAGGAUUUACUGGCUGAGCACUGACUACCAGAGCAUCCGCUGGGUCGACAUGAGAAACCCAGACAAAAGAGGAAACUUGGUCAAAGGUGUGAAGUCUGAUUUUAUCGCAGUGGACUGGGUGGGUAAGAAUUUAUACUGGGUGGAUGGCCUGGUUGGUCAAAUUCUGGCAGUGAAACUCAGCAACGCCACAGUGAGGUCUCAGGACUGCACUGUGGUCCUGGGAGAAGAUUUGGAGCAGCCAAGCUCCUUGGUUCUGCUGCCACAUAAAGGGCUGAUGCUGUGGUCUGAGAUCGGCAGCACGCCUCAGAUUAAGCAGUCUGGGAUGGAUGGUUCAGAGAGGAAGGUGGUUGUGAGCCACAGUUUGAGUUGGCCAGUCAGUUUGGCCUAUGACCUCCUAGAUAACAGAGUGUACUGGGCAGAUGAGAAACUGCGCUGCAUUGGCUCAGCCUCUCUGGAUGGAGGCAACAUCAAGAUCAUUCAGUUGGCUGAAACGCCAAACCCUUUCUCAGUGGUGGUCUUCAAUGAUCGUGUUUUCUGGUCUGACACAAAGAGAAGAGUCAUACGCUCAGCUGACAAGAACACUGGGAAAGACCAAAAGGUUGUUCUGAAGAGACCGGGACAGCCAUUUGGGCUAAAGCUGAUGCAUGCCCUUUCGCAGCCAGCUGUGCCCAGUCCUUGUGACCAUCUGCGCUGCUCCCAUAUUUGCCUUCUGGCCCCCCCGGUGACGGGCAGAUCAGCAGUAUGUCGAUGCCCGAAGGGUCUGCUGCUUUCCAAGGACAACAUCACCUGCUCUCGGCCCAGGGAUUCAUCUUUCAUCCUGCUCCUGUCUCAAAACACAAUUUACCAGAUUUACUUGCGCUCCUUGCGAAGGGAUGGUAUCGCCCUGAAAAAAAUGCCAAACAGCAGAGUCUUGGCCCUCCCGGAUAUAAACGAAGCCAUGGGGCUAGAUAUCUCCACCCAGGAGUUGUAUGUGGCUUAUGCGGGAUCUGUGGAUGUUCUGAAAAUGGGAAGCUACAGGUCAAGACAAGGACUCACACCUGCUGGACAAGUCCUAAAGCUGAAGGAUGAUUCGGUCACGGCUCUGGCAAUUGACUGGGUGACCUCUAACCUCUACUGGAGCAGCAGCUCAAGGCCCAACAUCCAUGUGACAUCCCGCAAUGGUGGCUACACCACGUCUCUCCUGCAAGGAUCACUGACGCUUGCCACAUCCAUCGCGUUACAUCCCUCCUCAGGUCGACUUUGCUACACAGCAGUGGUCAUGGCAGGUGGGAAGAGCCUGACGGAGGUGGUCUGUGCCUGGAUGGAUGGCCGGAACAAAGCAGUGCUGUGGGGAAAGUCGAGAGUCCCCAACUCCCUGGUGUUCGUUAAUAAUGGGACCAGAAUCUACUGGGCUGACACUGAUGGAGUGAUCAGCUCCAUUGGAGUGGAUGGUUUGGGAUAUAAACAGUUUAAGGCAGGACCUGAUCUGAUUAUGUCCUUGACAAUUACUGAGAACAUCCUGUUCUGGGUCACACAGGGAAAGGAUGUGACCAAGCUGUGGUUCAGUGAUGGCCUCCAGCCUAAACAGUUGUGGUUUGAGACAAAGACCAGCGUGGUGGAAAUCAGAGCUCACAGCAAUGACACCCAGUCAGGAAGCAAUAGCUGCUCCAAAAACAAUGGAGGGUGUGUCCAUCUGUGCCUGGCCUAUCCCGGAGGUAGGAUGUGUAAAUGUGGGCGUGGCUUUUACACCUUAAAUGUCACUUCUUGUGCCCCAAUUACCUCCUGUGCCCCUGGAGAAGAAUCCUGCUUUGACCGCAGCCAGUGUAUCAGCAGGAGCAAGUUCUGUGAUGGACAGGUUGACUGCCUGGACCAGUCGGACGAACAGGACUGUCCAACUUCAAACACUGCCUCAUUUGGAACUGAAGACACUGAUGGCCACCCUCUGGAUUCGUCAUCAUCUACAUCCAACACAGACAAGAACUCUGUCUCAUUUCAAGACUCUGCCUCCUGUGAUCUGCAACGCUGCAGUAGUCAUGGGAACUGCAUUGUGGAGGGUAAAUUCACUCGCUGCCAGUGUCUGUCUGGUUACAAAGGAGAGUUCUGUCAAGAGGAAGAAAGGCAAAGCCAUGUCGGGGUGAUCCUGGGUGUCUUCUGCCUCAUUGCAGUGCUGAUAGUCGCCGGAUUCAUUUUCACUAAAAGGAGAGGAUGGGAGCUCACCAGAAGCAGAUCCGCAGACAAGGAAAAUCUCAUGGCCAACAUGGGUCUAUCGAGUGAUGUAGAGUCUGACUCUGAGGAGGUGGACUCCCCAGCUGACGUAAACCCUCUGGCACAGCUCGAUUAGACUACUCUACUCUGCACUAGCUGUUGUGCUAGCUUUAUAGCAACCUGGAAAUUCUCAGGCCUCAUGUGUAAUUUGUGAGGAUGCAUUUCAGUGGCUAUGAAAAUGCUGAAAAAAAGUGCAAUUGUAUAGAAUGAAAGUUCUCACUAUUAGCGGCUGCUCUCAAAUUUAUAAAAAUUUUCCACAGGCUGAUUUGAUUGCUGGGAGUGGUUUGGUAAAUUUGCUGUGUCAUAUAAGUGAGUCAGGAGAGACGAGCUGAGCUGAAUCGAUAAGAGUUGAAAUACAAUAAUAAAAAUAAAGACGUUAAAUCACUUGAACCAGAUUUUCUUUAUUUGUAAUGUGCUCAGUGUCUCGAUCUCUGACAUUUCUCUCUUUAACCAUUUGUGUACACAGUAUGUUUUACAUCUUACACUCCUGGGAGAGUUCUCACAAUGGGGCGUAUCUACUUAAGAUUACAUUCUGUUCCUGCCAACACUGAAUGUCUGCCACACUUUUUUUUUUUUUUUUUUUUUUUUUUUCCUUUUCAAGGUGAGUUCUUAUCCAUUCAUCAGUUAUUCUGAUACCAGUUUUAAACAAAAGCUUACUUGUUUCACUUUUGUUCCUGGUUUCCACUCGGUUUCUCCCUGGAACAUUUGUUGCUGUUUGUUUUCUGUCAUUAAAUCUGAUUAAAAGCUGUUUUAUCCUGAAA